AUGUCUUCCAGAAAUCCUUAGAUUUACGUUGGGGGUCUUAGCAGAAGAACCCAUCCAGAUGAUCUAGAGAAGGCUUUUGAGAAGUAUGGCAAAAUUAGAAAUUUUUCAUUUAAGCAGAAAUACGCUUUUAUCGAAUACGAGGAUUAUCACGGAGCAAGAGAGGCUGUAGAUAGAAUGGACGGCAAAGCUUUUGAUGGCGAGAAACUUAUAGUUGAGCCAACAAAGGAGAGCAGAGGACGUAGAGGUCCUUCGCCUAAUGAUAAAUGCUGGAAUUGUCAAAGACAUGGCCAUUGUGUGAGUGUCAAUAUCAACCAAUCAGAGAUAUGCAUGAGAUGUUCAGAGGAACAAAUGAAGCAGGUUGCAUAGUUGUUGUUUGAUUAUCAUCAUGCGCCAGCGAUUUCAUUCUGCAUAUACCACCCAAUCAUCCACCCAUUAUACAUGGCAAAUUAAUGCAAGGAGAGACGUCGCAGCUACAGCAGAGAUAGAAUGCGUAAGGAAGGAAGAUGCUACAAAUGCGGCAAACGUGGACACAAACAACGUGAUUGCUCUAACUCAGCUUCAUAUUCAUCUAGGUCUAGAUCCAGUUCAUAUUCAAGAAGAAGCAGAAGUCCUCGCAGAGGUAGCAGACAUUAGAGAAGAGGCAGUCAUAGAGACGAAAGACGUGAUAGCAGAAGAAGACAUAGAAGAUCUCCAAGUGAUAGUCCAGACUCAAGAAGCAGAAGCGGAGACAGAGAUAGAAGAGGUCGCAGAAAGACCAGAAGUCCCAGCAGCCGCAGAAGUUCAAGGUCAGUUGAUUCAAGAGACAAGAAGCGUAGAAGUAGAAGCGCAAGUAGUAAUAAUAAAUCAAAGUCCUCACAUCGUCAUAGCAGCAGACGCAGAUCAGAGAGUGCAAAGGGAGGAGACCGCAAAUCAAGAGGUAAGAGUAUUGAAGAUAAGAAGCGACUUUCACCCUCAUAAGUAAAUAAUGGAGGUGAUAAGCAAGAGGAGAGCACAGCAACCAACAGAGUAGAGAAUGCCGAACACAAUGGAGAUGCCAUUAUUCAUCAAGAAAAGCAAUGA